AUGUAAUAAUCUUAUACAUAUUCCUCUCCUGGAAAAGUGAUAAUAAGUGGAGAACAUUCUGUAGUUUAUAAUAAAACUGCAUUAGUAAUGUCAAUUGACCUUCGAACGAAAAUAAACUUAAAAAUAGUUGAAAAUCAAGAAUCAAAAAUUGAAAUAAAAAACGAAAAAUAUGAAAAUAUAUAAAUAAUAAGUAAAAAUUUGAUUAUAAAUGCUAUAAAAAAUUGCGAAAAAUGGAAUAUAUUUGAUGAAAAUAAUCCAAAAAUAACACAUUAGUAUAAAAUAAUAACAUAUGCAUUAAUAUUAGUAGCAUAAUAGGUAAUUUUUAGUGAAAAUACAUUAAAAAAAUUGGAUUUCUUUUUGGAAAAAAAUUCAUUUUUAGUAAAUAUUUCAUCUAAUUUACCUAUAUCCAAAGGUUUGGGAUCUUCAGCAAGUUUUUUAACUUAGUGA